AUGUCAGAACAUGACAAACAGUUAGAAAGUUUCUUCGCGAAAAAGGAGAAGGGAAAGAAGUCCAAAGGAAAGAGCAAAUUUACAACAAGUGAUGCUAUUACGAAGCAAGUUGGAAGCACUCAGAAGGAACCAGACGGUCGAUCGAAAGAUCAACCAAGUAAGAAGGCUUCUGGAGUGACACCGGCGCCUUCUAACACGGUAUGAAUGCACGUACGUUCAAGGCAUUCUAAAACUUCGUCGAAACGUUCACCAAUCAUUCUCGGUCGGCUUAUCGAUCGAGUCACGUGUAUUUUUUUUCUUGUUAAGUCCUAAAAAUGGCCUAAAAAUGGUAUUCGUCAUUCUUGUAACAGUUAUAUUACACUACACUUUUUUUUGUAUUUUCCUAGAAGUAAGCCAAUUAACCCACGUUCAUAUUCCUCGUCCAAGUCUUUUUUAGUUCGACGUUAAUCUCUUUUAGUGUGAUGGUGCGCUUUUUUAUAAACCAGUGGAGGAAGAAGAAAGAGAGCUGGCAACAGCUAGCUGCAACAUGCAGAUAUAGCCUUGGUCUUGAAGGAAUCUUCAAUCCUUCCGUCUAUAACUUUUUCUUAAUUAUCCUGUAUCUUUUUUUUGGAAAGCCAAAUUUAUUUUUUUUUAAAUUGCUGAUGAAUAACCUUACCAAAAUACCCGUUUUCUAUGCUAGUGACUGAGCUGACCGUUUUCGUUCUCUAAGUUUUUGUCAGUUUAUACAUAUAUAUAUACAUAUACUUGGAUACUUCUCCUCUCACCUCUCAUUGGUUUGUUUCAUCAAUGAAUGUUAUUUUUCCAAUUGGUUUUCCUUUCUGAACAAUUAUGAUAUUAUAUAUCUUAUAUGCCUGAACAAUAAUAUAAGAGGUGGUGAUGCUAUCAUGAAAAAUCGCAAGUCUGCAAUUUUUUUUUGUGUUUUCCAAAAUCUCACCAGGGAGCCUUUUUUUUUUUGCACUUCUCUCAAAGUUCUUAGGUGUGACAUUUUUCUUAAGAUCAAGGGUCUAGAGCUGGAGUUACUCAUAGAGUUGCUCUAUGGAUCUUGUACAUGAAAAACCUUUUGCAAUGUUGAAGCUUACAUAUAGCAGUGCAAGUGCAAAAGUGGGUAGUGAAAAAACCUAAGCAUAUUAUUUACUUAAGCACAUUAUUUUCACCAAUAGCAACUUGCUAAAGCUUACUGAGUUAAGAAGGGUAGGUAAGAGGGAGUUUUUUAUCUGUUGUGCAAUCUCUGUUUGAAAUCUUUAAACAGGGGUCUCCACAAGUUUUAAGGCUCUGAUUUUUUUUCUUUUGUGGCCCAUUUGCAUGCUGAAAUAAAGUUGUAGUUUGUCUUUCUACUUUAUAUUACAUCAAACUUAUUGAGGAAAAACUGAUUUCAAAAUCUCAUCCUAUCAUGGGUGGCUUAGGAGGCUGACAAAAGCCUAUCAAUAAAUGAUGGAUAAUUUCCAAGUAUCAUUCUUCAUACAGAAAGAGGAGGAGUGGAUUGACUUUCAGGAACCAGAAGAGAAAGAUUACUCAGGGCUAAGGAUACAGUCAUUACAGAUUGGGUGAGUUGUCAGGGCUGUGAUAACCUGUAUUUGACCUCUCAUAUUAGAUGAUUGUGUAAGGAUCAUGUCAAGACACUAAAAAAUCUCUUAGUCUGGUGGGAGGAUUCCAAUUAUUUUAGUUUUUACCAAGUGAGAAAUUUGUCCUAAAAAAUCAAAUCAAGUCAUUUUAUUAUCGUUAAAUUUUUUUAGUUUAAGUUUGGAGAUUAAGUGUAUUUCUAUGCGAAUGUUAUUUUUUCAAGUGAUGAAGCUGUUGUUAUCAUAACAGCAACAAGCAUGGUAAUGAUAUUGAUGAUGAUAAUAAUACUUAUAAGAAUGAUGAUCAUAAGCUCUAUUUAAAUUGUUUUGCUUCAAAGAGAGAAUGCUGAAGGUGAAGGAUCAGAGAGUAAUGAACAAGAAGAUGAAGAUGAUGAAGGUAUGGAAUUACAUUGUCCCAGUGUAAAACAUUCUAUGGAUAGUUAAGGAGAUCAAUGUUAGUUUUCUUCUUUACAAUGGAGCAGAAACACUCCAGAAACUGGGAUAAGCUACAGAUGCUGUGUGAUAGAGUACUCCUAGCUAAACUCUUUUCAAAGUUUCUAUUUGAUGACCUAAAUUAUGAAAUAGUGGCCAGAAAUAAAAUUUCAGUCACCAUUGCUUUUGGCAGUUCAUCCAAUAUCUCAAGGCUUAAUAUCCAGACAACUAGAGGCAAUAUUAAAAAGAGAAAAUAUUGGAGAUUUAUUUAAAGUGUUGUAUGCAACUGUUUAUCCCACUCUAAAUGAAGGACAAAGACAUUAAUUGAUGAAGAUGCAGCAACAAGCUGUAGGACUGAGGACUGUUUGCUAGUCUUGUAUGUAGACCCCCCUCUUAUUUUCUGGAGAGGGAAAAGUAUGUAAGCAGUUAGUUUCAAAUUUGACUAGAAGGCUUGGUUGAUGCAUGAAUUAAUGUUUUUUGUAAAAUUGACCCAAAUAGUUGUAAGCUGUAUCUUGGUUAUUGUCAUUUUGUAAACACUUCUCAUGCUUAUCUCCAGGAGACUCAUCGGUAAGGAAAGACAAAACUGCAGGACCAUGGCAGCAGCUUUCCACAGCACCCCAAGGCACUGCUGGUAAUUCCAUCUUUCAAUAAGAUAGGGAGCGGGGGACCAUGGUUUGUGAAAGGUUCCAGUUUGAUUAAACACACCAAUUUGUACUUGAUAUAUUUAUUUUUGUUUGUUUGUUGGUUUAUCCACAGCUUCUCAGGCCUCAGAGGAGUCUAAGCCAGUAGGGGCUUACAGACCACCAGCUUAUAGAGCCCCUGGUAGAAGGGCACCAGUUUCUGCAGGCCGAAAGAUGCCUGAAAUUGACAGUGAAAUUGCUUUCCCCUCAUUGUCAGCAGCCAUGGCAUCAAAUGAUAAAAAGUUAGUUGGUAUCAUUUCAGAUUUAUUUUUAUAAAUUGUAAUCAUUAUGCAUCAUGAGACAGUUUUAAGACUUUUUGAGUUACUGUUCAAAUGAGAUGUACUCUACCGUUCUCUAUUCAUUGCAAGCUGCAUUGUCUUUCAAAUACAUUUUUUAUCUUGUUUUCAGUAGCAAGGAGACUAAUGAUGGGAAAAGUUUUGAGACUGUGAAGCAUGGAUCACGAACACUUGAGAAUUUAGCAGACAGGGGACCACAGCUUGAUCUGGGAAAUAAGUUUGAUGCACUGAGAAGAAGCUAGGGUCGAUUGCUACUUAAUUACACAAUUACAAAGCAAAUACGAACUGGAUGUUAAAGAAAGAGUGGAAUCCACUCAUUUACUUGACCUCAAUUUCAAUUUAAAAGCUGCAAGUUCUGCAAAGUCAAUUCUGGGUUAACUGUGGUUUGCUUGCUCAGUCAAGGGAUCAAAUUCUAUUUUAAAUACUUUGGAGUGUCUUUGAUUUACCCUUUUACUCAAAAAAUCUAAAUAUCAAUUACUGUCACUAUCUGUUCACACUCUAAUUAUACGCGUCCUCUCCAACUUGCUGCAAAAUUAAACAACGUCCCUUAGAAAAUAAUUUUCUUUGCUGUUCAUCUUGUAAAUGUAAUGAUGUUGAGAAGAGAAAUUCGUUAUUGAUCAAGUUUGGGCUUGAAGGGAUUAACAAGUAUGGUAAAGUGGUUAGAGCAAAUUGCAGUUCUUAUAAGCUUGUCAUGGCUAUGUGGCAAUCAAGACUGUUGAUGGCAGAAAAUAUUGGUGUUUGUUCCCUUUACUGUAUUUUGAGACUUUCACAAGGGAAAAGUCAUUUCACUUUAAGUUAAUAACUUAACCACGCCCAGUUGUUCAAAGCUGGGUUACGAUAACCUAGGGUUAAUGUGAAAUUUGAUUUCAGAUCCGGUAGCUUUAAAAGAAAAUUUGGGUUAUGGUAAUCCAAUUUUUCUACAAUUUGAUGACUGAAUACACUAAAAAGAAUUGGGAAAACUAUCCCAAAAUAGCUUUGAACAGAAGAAAUGUAGAAAUCUGGAGUAAAAUUUAACCUUAGGUUAGCGCUAAUUGGCCGUCGAACAACUGGGUCCUGAAGUCAUCUUUUAAAAUCUGGUUUUGUUGGGUUUGACUUACAUGAACUUGAAAAUGAAUUAUUUGUCUUUCAGCGAGCUAAACACUGAAACCUUAGAAGGUUGCUUCUUCCAAACGAUAUUUAAAUAAUAUUUUUGUGCUGAAGAACAUUUAAGAAAUAUGUCAUUUUGUAGUGCCUAUGUCGACAAUUAUCUUGAGGUAAUACUGACUGUGCUCAACCUACAUUAGUACAGCCUAGUUUAUUUUAUGUGUGAUACAUUAGGAGAUAAAAGCAAAUCGCUUGUCAAACAAGUCAGCACCGAGGGCAUACCACUGUAUAAUGUGAUGAUGUUCUUGGUAACCAAACGGGAGAACCUCUCAACACCAAAUGAAAUGCAUCUUAGACUACUUGAUGCAUUUUAGCGAUAUAUCUGAAGUGUGAUUGAUAUGAGUUCGACUAUGCAAUUUUAUUUAGGUUUUCUUUAUUUUUUUUUUGAUAUUGUUUUUGUUAAUGUUCAACUCCUUGGAACAUUGCCACAUUCAAAAUCUUUCCCAGCCAAAUUCAGAAUUAGGCUUAAACAAUCUGGGUCAGAUCAUUCACUACGUCAGAAAGUUUUUCGAACUCAAUUGACGAGGAAGGGAGUUACCCUUGUAUAAUUGAUGUGGUUUCAUCAAUCAACUAAACAACAACAGUUUGCGUAUCAGCCAACUUUGUUCUUUUAGUUGCCUGGCGUGAAUAAAUAGCUAUAGUUUCUCUUUAACUCUUGUGUUCAUUAAGUACCGUAUUUAAUGGAUUGAACGACGCGCUCGAAUAGACGCCGCAUUUUAGAGCAGAAAUAUUACUAAACGCCGCCCUCGAAUAAACGCCGCAUCAUGAUGCGGCGUUUAUUCGAAUACUAGACUCGUAAAGCACACAGCGAUCAUUGCUUCGAUCGCAGUUGGAAAUUUUGAGUGAACCAGACACAAAUCCUUUUGAAUGUACCAG